UCUGUCAAGUUAUCAUAUCUACUUUCUAGGGAGAUGAUAUUGUCUAUUCCGAGUGAAUUGAAUUGUAAUUAGUGUAGACUUAGUUGCCUGAUUAGGUAACAUUAUAUUACUUGUUUGUUAUGAUGUGUGACUUCGUAUAGCAGCAAAAUACAGAAUUUGGUUAUGCUACACUACCCGGUACCCUUGCAUUUGCAGACACUGUCGUCGCAAAUAAAAAAGUUUCGAUGUAUAGGUGUUACACAAAAAUGACACUAACCCUUGCCUUAAAAGAAGAAAAUUUUGUUUUUCGUGGUACGUAAGAGUCUGAUCAUUAGGUUAUACAGAAUGUUGAAAAAAUAUCACAUAUUUUAUCAAAUGUGUGUCAUUUGUAAACGAAGUAAUACAAGAUUCAUCAGUAUAAACCUGCUUAGAAGCAGCUUUGUUCUCAAGAAAGAAAAUGAAAAUUAUGCACUCCAGCAAAACAAGCUGCAGUACAGUACAUGUGCAUCAGACAUCCUGGGCAGGUUAAAACCAAAUUCUGAUACUUUUGGCACCCUUGAUCAGGACUUGGAGAAAAACUUAAAUAGUAAGGGUAAAAAUCCAUCUUCUAAAGUUCAACUAAAGGGGAGAAAAGGUAAACCACAGGAUGUAACAGAUUCAUUCAAAAUUUCUGUCUCUGAUAAAAACUCUGAGACUGAGUUGACUGACAGUGAUGUAUUUGGAACUGUAGCAGAUGCUGAAUCAGUUAUUAAAUAUCAAACAGAAUCAGACCUUCACACAGAUGAACCUGAUGAUGAUGAUGUCUUUAUCAGCUAUGGAAAAAAAAUGUCACCAAAAGAGUAUGGGGACAAAAUGAAGGAACUCAUUAAAGAACGGAAGCUGAAAGAUGCUCUCCAGCUGUACAACCAAAUGAUAAAAGAAGACCGUGUCAAGCCAGUGAAAUACAUUUAUACAUUGUUGAUUGGUGCAUGUGGAAGAGUAGGAUAUACAAAGAUGGCUUUCAAGUUAUUCAAACAUAUGAGAGAUCGUGGUAUGACACCAUCACCUGCAACUCUAACUGGUUUAUUUAAUGCCUGUGCUGAAACACCUUUCCUUAAUUAUGGUCUACAAAAGGCUAUUCAUUUACGAGAACAAAUAAUGGAAAAAGGGUGGCAACCUAGCAAUAUCACUUUCCAUUCUAUGAUCAAGGCAUUUGGACGAUGUGGAGAUCUGGAGACAGCUUUUUCAUUAGCAGAUGAAAUGACUGAAAAUGGACAUGUUGUUACUGCAGAGACCUUUAAUUUCCUAUUACAAGCUUGUAUAACAAAUAAAGAAGCUGGUUUUACUCAUGCCAUUCAGGUGUUCCGAUUCAUGAAAUUUUCUACAACUCUGCCUGAAGUUCAUGCAUUUAAUCUUCUCCUUCGGGCUGUUCGAGAUUGUGGCAUUGGCCCUCCAGAUGUAUCUAAGCAACUUUUAGAAGAAUGGCAGAAGGAGUCAUAUAGUCUUUCAAGAAAAGCCAAGGACCCUAAACCUUCCAAAGAAAUUCUGAAGAUAAGUUCAUCCAAGUUUGUUCAGAAAGAAUUAGUGAGUGAAUCAAGUGAUAAAACUAGAAGCAUUACUAGGGAAGAAGAGGGAAACAAAUCCCCAGCCAUCAUCAAUCCAGAGAGUAGUAUAUGUGUUCUGGAAAAGAGUGAAACACCAAACUUGUUGCUUUCUUCAGGAAAUGGAGACAACCAGCAGGUUAUAGGUUUGAGAAACGUGGAGAAACCUGAAGACAGAUUAGCUUUGAUUGGGGGACUUGAUGGUUUCCUGCAACUGAUGAUUGCUUCUAAGGCUAAACCUGAUAUUAGAACUUUCUCACUUUUACUGGAAACCCUGCCCUCAACCACAGAAAGUGAAGUGGCACUACUUCAAUGGAUUGAUAAACUUCAACUAAGCCCUGACACUGACUUCUUUAAUCUUCUUAUCAAGAAAAGAAACUAUAGAAAAGAUUUUUUUGGUGCAAAGGAAGUAUUAUCACUCAUUCGCAAGUAUGGAUUGUAUCCAGAUAUUGUGACUUUUGGAGUUUUGGCCUUGGGAUGCAAAACAAAAAAUUUGGGUCUCCAACUUUUAGAAGAAAUGGAGGCUGCUGGUUUCAGACCAAAUGUAGAAAUAUUUGGAUCACUUGUACGAAAUGCCACUUUUAUUCCUGACUUUUGGUACCUCAUCUCACUUAUGAAUAAGAUGAAAGAUUUAGAGGUAGAACCUGAUCCUCCUGUCCUCAAGUGUUUAGAAUACAUUCGACAGAAAGCAAGAAAGAUCCUUGCAGCUCAGGACCGAGGAGAAAAGGUACCAUUACCAUACACGAAGAAAUAUGUUAAAGAAGGCUUCCGUGUGUAUAACUUGUACUAUAAGCAGUGGUUAAAAAAUACUUAUGUUGAAAUACCUCAACAUCCUUGGGCACAAUAUCAGCAAAAAACUCCAUAGAUUGAUUUCUAAAUCUUGUAGCAUAGAUUCUGUAGCAGUCCAUUUUGUAAAAAUUAGAACUGGCUGAGCCGAAUUAAAAAGUUCAGUGAUUG